CGCGGAUCGAUUGGAGCCAUUGUGGAGUAAAUACCCCUUCCGGCAAAGGCGAAUACAAAUUACGCCGUGGAACUUGACUGCAUCUCGAUAUGUACCUAGGGCGUUUGAAGGUUUGGACGCCUCGAACGAAUUGUCCAGAUCCAGUCCAGCCCAGCCCACUCGACCCGUGUAUGCUAGAGGUUCAAGCAGCCCAGACAUGGGAGAGUGCAUAGCAAGAGUAACUGGGCAUAUAUAAAGCCCAGCGUCCCGCCCUCUGCCCUCUGCCUUCCACUCCACCAGCGCAUCCCACUCUACCCCGCCAACAGCCAGCAAAGAUGUUUUCCCUCCCAGUGCUGCUCUCGCUCCUUGCCGCCUUCGCCGCGCCGAUUCUUGCUGCCCCGGCGCAUGAAGAACCCGAGACACAGUUCUCGCCCGCUUACAGGUACGACAAGCACGAGACCAACUACAGGAAGCUGCCGAAGCGGAGCCAGCUCCCCCGUGUGCCCGGGCACCUCGAGGGAAGUGCGUGGCUUUGGGGUGACGAUGAUGGGCUCGGACGUCUCAACUUCCUCACGCCGCAGAGGGUGUACCAGAGCAUGAAGGAAGUCAAGACUGGCGACAUGGUCCCGCUGAACCUGCCGGUCAAGCUCGUCAACCCGCCGCUGUUCAACCGCCCGGCGUUCAACCACACGUUCAUGAAGUUUGGCGACGGAACCGCUGCCGUGCUGGACGAGCAGUACCAGAUGAACACACAGACGUCGACGCAAUGGGAUGGAUUCCACCAUUUUGCGCAUCUGGAAUCGGGUAUCUUCUACAACGGCUGCACCGAGGACGACAUCCCCGGCGCGAACCUGACCAACAACCACAAGUGCGGCAUCCAAGAGUGGGCAGCGCACGGUAUCGCCGGGCGCGGCGUGCUCCUCGACUUCGCGAGCUGGGCGGAGCUGCAGGGGCUCUCCGCACCCGCCUUCGCAGCCACGAACAUCACGUUCCCGCAGCUGCAAGCGGUAGCCAAGCACCAAGGGUUGGACCUGCGCAACGCCGCCGACGGCGGCGACAUCCGUAUCGGCGACAUCCUGCUUGUGCGCAGCGGGUUCACGAAAGCGUACGUUGCGCUAACCCCCUCGGAGCGCAAGACGCUCGCUGAGCUCCCGUACGCGGCGGGCCCCGACGGCCUGCACCGCUUCAUUGGCGUCGCGCAGAGCGCGGAGAUGGUGGACUGGCUGCACGACUCGUAUUUUUCCGCGGUGGCGGGCGACCAGCCGGCGUUCGAGAGCUGGCCCGCACAGGGCCCCCUGUCGCUCCAUGAGCAGGUGCUCAGCCUCUGGGGAACCGGCCUCGGUGAGUUCUUUGACCUCGAGAAGCUCGCCGAGAUGUGCAAGAAGCGCAGGAAGUGGACGUUCUUUGUCACCUCCGCCCCGUUCAAUGUCGACCGUGGCAUUGCUACUUGGGCUAAUGCUAUUGCUAUCUUGUGAUCGGAGGAGGAUGUGGUGGCUGCUGUUUCAUGAGAGGGCGAUUUGGAGGGGUUUUAUAUG